AUGGCGGCUGCUAGACGUUUCUGGGUCACGCUCAAACUAUCAUCCAAACAUCUCUCCCGUCUACCCAGGUUCGAUGCUCAAGUACCCAAAUCAAGGUUGAAAAAGAUUGCGCAUGACGAUAAAAAGGGAGCCAGCCCAUCUAUUCUGAGCCUGCAAAGAUCUUCUCCAGCUCCGGAAGGCACUGGUACUCCAGGGCCAGGAACCAAUUCAAACAGUGCAGGUGGCGCAGGGGGUUCAGGAAUAAGUCAAUAUAAAAUAAAUGUGGGUCUCAAAGGCGACUCGACGUCAGGGCUUACAAUGAACAGUAUAAACCCUGCUCUUUACGUGCUAGAUAAAUCAGGUAAGCCAUGCAGACGCUGGGUGAAGCAGCAGAAACAGUUCAAGAGCUUCACUGGGUUUAAAAUGAAGUACACGAAAUACGAGGCGCAAGAGCCAAGACCAAAAGAGGAUGCAAAAAUGGACAGUAAAUCUGAGGACGGCGGUGCAUCAAAUACUACGGAUAAAGUGGCAACUGUAGUUGCAGAGGUAAAAGUGGCACACACUGGAGCACAGCAAUGCAUUCGGAGACUCCUAUCUACCAAGAUCAAAGAAGAGUCUUCAACAAACACGAGUCAUGCCAUUUCGAAUAAGCAGUUGCUCUAUACUACCGAUGUGGCAUCACCUGGAUCAAUCUUUUUCCUACCACACGGGACUCGAAUACUAAACAAACUAAUACAGUUUAUGAAGAAUCAACAAAUAAAGUACGGAUUUCAAGAGGUUGUAACUCCUUUGAUAUUCAAGACUAAAAUGUGGAAAAAAUCGGGCCAUUGGGAUAAUUACAAAGACGACAUGUUCAAAGUUACUGGGUUUGACAUGUCGAAAGAAGAAAUUACCGAAGGCUCUAUAGAGGAGCACGAGUAUGGCUUGAAACCAAUGAACUGUCCUAGUCACUGUAUGAUUUUUGCCAAAUUUGAUCGAAGCUAUAAUGAGUUGCCUAUAAGAUACUCCGAUUUCAGUUCGUUGCACAGGAACGAAGCUAGUGGGGCGCUAACUGGUUUGACAAGAGUACGCAGGUUUCACCAGGAUGACGGCCACAUUUUUUGCAAUGUGAAUCAGCUUGACGAGGAGAUUAAAAACACAUUGAAAUUGAUCAAAGAUACAUACGGCGUGUUUGGAAUCCGUGACAUUGAUUAUUACUUGUCAACACGACCUGAAAAGUAUAUUGGCGAUAUUGAAACUUGGGAUAAAGCAGAAUCGCAGUUGAAAAAAGUGUUGGACGAAGGUACUGGUGAAGGAAGCUGGCAAAUUAGAGAGGGGGAUGGUGCAUUUUAUGGCCCAAAGAUUGAUGUACUUUUGACUGAUGCAUUCAAUAAGAAGCACCAGGUUGGGACAAUUCAAUUAGAUUUUCAAUUGCCCAAGAGGUUUGAAUUGAAAUAUGUUGCUGAGGAUGGGACAAGAGAUAACCAGCCCAUUUUGAUACAUAGGGCAGUGUUUGGAUCUUUGGAACGGUUUUUUGCAAUCUUGUUGGAUCAUUACCAAGGGAAAUGGCCAUUUUGGAUAAACCCAAGGCAAGCAGUGAUAAUACCUAUUAAUGAGACACACAUUGAAAAGGCAGAAGAGUUGAAACGUUUGCUUUGCGGGGAUAUAAUCAACUCAUCUGAUCUGAUAUCUCCUUUAACUGGGUUCAAUUUUCACGUGGAUGUUGAUAAAAGGGCAGAAACCGUGGGUCAUAGAACCAAAGAAGCAAUUAAAAUGGGGUAUUCCUACAUCAUCAUGAUUGGUGAUAGAGAUAUUGCCAAUGGCACAUUUUCAAUAAGGUCCAGAGAUGAUCGAAAAGUUGCAAACUUGACAGCUGAUGAAAUUUAUCAAAAGUUUAUAGAUUCGGAGAAAAGUUACCAGUAG